CAAUGCCAAGAAAACGCAAAGGGGCUGAUUUGAGCCGCAGUAUAAGUAAAGCUCGAAACUUGCGAAAUAGCAGAUCCGAAAGAACAGAAGAACAAAUCCAGCAACAAAAUACUGAUGCACGUGUCAGAAUGGCGCAAUUGCAUCAAGAAGAGCCAGAAGAUACACGAGCUGAACGCAAUGAAGUCAGAAGAUUAGAACAACGACAAUCACGCCGUUUCACAGUCAAUAGACGAAGAACAAAUGACCAACAACGACAACAGGUACAUCGAGCAUUUAUAUCUGAUUCAUUCCUGCGUCUAACAUUCCAGUAUGAGCCCGAUAUUGAAUAUUAUGCUCAUUCAAUAGUAGUAAUUGGUGCUAUGGACAAGGAAUGUCCGCAUUGUCAUGCUCUGAAAUUCAAAAAUGAGCCAGCUGGGAUGUGUUGCGCGUCAGGAAAAGUGCAACUACCUAAAAUUGAAACACCACCUGAACCAUUGAACGGCUUACUUAUCGGCACGGAUCCAGAUUCUAACGUGUUCCUGAAGUCAAUUCGAAGAUUCAAUUCAUGCUUUCAAAUGACAUCGUUCGGAGCAACAGAAAUAGUUCGAAAUACUAAUGCAAAUAGUCAACAAUUCAAUUCUACAUUCAAAAUCAGAGGCCAAGCUUAUCAUAAAAUGGGCUCACUGCUGCCAAUGCCAAACGAACCACAUAAAUUCUUACAAAUCUACUUUAUAGGCGGCGAGGAUUCCGGAAGCGCACUUGCCAAUCGCGUGAAUGCACGUUGUGAUUAUAAUAACCUUGAUUCACUUUAUGCCAGGCGCAUCUUCAGCGAGCUAGAUGCUCUUUUGAACGAGCACAACGAGUUGUUGAAAAUAUUCAAAUCACAUAUGCACCAAUUACAAAGCGAUAAUCACGCUAUCGUCAUUAAUCCUGAUAAAACACCAGCUGGAGAGCAUAUUCGUAGAUUCAAUGCACCCAUUGUUGAUGAUGUUGCUGGAAUCAUGGUUGGCGAUUGUACAGCUGCACGAGAAAUUGUGAUUCGUAGAAGAAAUAAUAAUCUUCAGUUCAUUGCUGACACACAUCGUUCAUAUGACGCUCUCCAAUAUCCGCUAAUAUUCUGGAAGGGACAAGACGGAUAUUGCAUAAACAUAAAACAACGAGAUCCCGUAUCAGGAGCUGAAACAAACAAGAACGUUAGCUCAAAGGAUUAUUAUGCGUACUGAUUAAUGAUUAGACGUGGCCUGGACAACGUCAUUUUACGAUGUCGUGAGCUUUGUCAACAAUUCAUGGUCGACAUGUACGCGAAGAUUGAGAGCGAACGACUACGAUACUUACGAUAUAAUCAACAAAAGCUGCGCGCGGAAGAGUACAUUCAUUUGCGAAACGCUAUCAACAACAACGCCGACGUCGCCGAAAUUGGUAACCAUGUCAUUUUACCAUCAUCGUACGUAGGCAGUCCACGUCAUAUGCAAGAAUAUAUACAGGAUGCUCUGACUUUCGUGCGCGAAUAUGGACGACCAUGUUUAUUUAUCACGUUUACAUGUAAUCCAAAAUGGCCAGAGAUUACAUCUUUGCUACUGCCUGGCCAAAAUGCAAUACAUCGCCAUGACAUUACAGCACGUGUGUUCAGACAAAAGUUGAAGUCUUUAAUAAGUUUCAUUACUAAAUCACAUGUAUUUGGUCCCACACGUUGCUGGAUGUAUUCGGUUGAGUGGCAAAAGCGAGGAUUACCUCAUGCACACAUUUUGGUUUGGUUCAUCGACAAAAUCCGUCCUGAAGAAAUCGAUAGUAUCAUUUCUGCGGAAAUUCCAGAUCCAUCCACUGACCAACUGCUGUUUGAUAUUGUUACAACAAACAUGAUUCAUGGUCCAUGUGGUACUUUUAAUAGUUCAUCGCCUU